UGCAACGGAUUCGUUUUCUGGGCCCCCCACCCCUUGCGACAAAAAUUUGCGACAAAGUGCAGCCCAUACUACUAGCGUCCGGUUGGGCGCGCUGACCAGCACGUGCACGUCGCUGUGGCGGUGGCGGAGGGAUCAGAAUUUUCGUAAAAACUUGCCUUCUGAAGACGUCGGAGGACUCUUGAGCCUGUUGCGGGUCGUGCCGCCCGUCAUCAAGCUGUCCAUUCAGUUUUCCAAGUCUGCCGUCCUGUCCUGUUCGUUUUUCGGAGAGCACGUCAGCCGGUUGGCGUUGAGCAUCAGCGGCUCCAGCGAGAGGACUGGCGCCACCCUCAUCCGGAAGCUUGGGCCUCGCCUAAGAGAGUUGGACGUGACUAGUGUCGGCGAUCUGGACGCGCUGUUCGCCUGCUUGCAGGACGCCGGCUGCAGCCGCCUGGAGGUCCUGGAGCUCAAGUUGAAGCUCGCCAAUCUAACAAGUGGCCGCUUAUGGCGGCAGGAAAUGAAGCUUCCUAGACUGCACACUGUCGUGCUCUCCCGUGAUUCCAACCAACCUACUAAUGCCACGUUCGAAGCCUUGAGAUCGCUGCUGCGAGCGCACAGUGGACAGUUGCGCUGCGUGUCGCUGGGGGUGGACAAGACACUGUUCCCGGUGCUGAGCGGCUGCUCCGAGGACCUCCAUCGUCUGGAGGUGCCCGCCGUCAAACGCGCUGGCAUGGCCGCGGUGCUGCAGCGACUGCGGGGUCUGAAGGAGCUGCGGAUCUACGUGGGCACCAACAGUUACCGCACUGACUCCAAACUUACAGACUUCAUCGAGUUCCUGGACUCCUGGCGCCGGGGAUUUCAGCUUGAGCGCCUCGAGCUCCGCAUGGCCGACGAUGAGACGCUGGGCGCCCUGGCGCCGGACCAUCUCGCGGGCCUGCGGCACUUGGACCUGGGGCUGUACGGCGUAGAUAGUCGGUCAUAUCGAUAUGAUCCAGAGGACCUCCCGCCUUCCCUGUCGGCGCUGAAGGACCUCCACCUCCCCCGGCUGCGCUCGCUGGUCCUGCGUUACGCUGGCCUUCGCUCUAUUCGGUCGUUCCGCGACAUCUCCGCCGCCAACAUCCCCGCCCUCGAGUUGGUCGUUGUUGUGUUUACCGACUACCCCGCAGGUAUUGUGGGGGAGGUGAAGAUGUUCGAGGAGCUGGUGCGCCGCGCACCCAUGGCGUCGCUGCAUGUCAACAUGCGGAUGGCAAAAUGGAGCGAUGAGGUGGUCCGGAUCUGCAGGCACCCAGGAGGAGCGAACGAGUGCGGGCUGUGCGCCGAGGCGGAGGCUCUGCUGCUCGCCGACGGAAUGUCCGAUGCCAUUGAAGUGGAACACGUUGAAGUUCUGUGAAUAUAUCCUCUGUUCUGAUUCUGA